UUUCUCAUUAGCACGAUCUCUCUCUCUCUCCAGAGUCCACACUUCGACCUUCUGCUAUCUCCACACCGACAAAACCCCAGAUUCUGGGAUAAUAGCAAGAUCCAUGGCCUAAAUUAGCGACGCUCCACCGUCGAUCAGGCCCUAAUCAGUGAAAUAGGCGUAGUUGAACGACUUAUUCUGAUGAUCGACGAUCUGCAGAAGCAUGGAAAUACAAGACCUAUCACCAGAUAUUGACGGUGAUAUCAAAAUUAUUUCAACAAUGGAUUGUAAGGACUUGGUCUUGGAGGAAGAUCAGAAUUUGGACGGGGUACCGGAACCUAAGGUUGGUAUGACUUUUAAUUUUGAAGAUGAUGGUCGCGACUAUUAUGCUAGAUAUGCAAAAGUUCAAGGUUUUGGUGUGGUCACAAGAACUUCUAGUAAGCGUAAUGGACAAAGGACGAAUAUAACCUACUGUUGUCAUCGAGGUGGAAAGCCGAGGACAAAGGCGCUCAACCCACUCAAAGCCCCUCCAACAUCGAAAACCCAAUGUAAAGCAUCGAUGAAUUUGUCAUUGCAAACUGAUGGAAAAUGGCUUUUGAAUUCAAUUGAACUGAAGCAUAACCACGAAUUGUGCCCUAACAGAGCUUGGUAUCUCAAGUCCAAUCGGGUUAUCCGACCAUAUGCAAAAAGGACAAUCGAAUUGAAUUGCUCUGCCAGAAGAAGAAUGAAUAAGACAAUUAACUCAUGUGUGAUUGACGCACGGGGGCAUGGCAAGGAUUCAAGGAAUUACACUGGUAAUGUGGGAUGCUUACAACUCAAGGAAGGAGAUGCAGAAGCAAUGCACAAGUAUUUUAUUAAGAUGAAAGCAGACAAUGAAGCCUUUUUUUAUGCCAUGGAUCUAGAUGAAGAAAAUCGGCUAAAGAAUGUCUUUUGGGCCGAUGCAAGAAGUAGAGAAGUAUUCAAGGAAUUUGGUGAUGUGGUCACAUUUGACACCACUUACUUGGUUAAUAAGUACGAUAUGCCAUUUGCUCCUUUCGUAGGUGUAAAUCAUCAUGGACAGUUGAUCUUGUUUGGAUGUGGAUUAAUAUCUCGAGAGGACACGGCUUCAUUUGUGUGGUUGUUCGAGACAUUUGUUGCUUGUAUGUCCGGGUGUUCUCCUAACGCCAUCGUCACAGACCAAUGUCGGGCCAUGCAAAACGCAAUAAGUAUAGUUUUUCCAAACGCACGGCAUCGUUGGUGUUUGUGGCAUUUGUUGAAAAGGGUUCCUGAAAAGUUGAAGGGUUACAAUGCUUAUGAAUGGAUUAAAUCUGGUGUCCUUAGUGCUGUGUAUAAUUCAUUGACUCGAGAGGAAUUUGAGGAAAAUUGGGGCAAUGUUAUCAAUAAAUAUCAGUUAGAGGGCAACGAGUGGCUUAGUGGUUUGUACGAGGAGAGGCACCGAUGGGUUCCCGCAUUUGUGAAAGAUGUUUUUUGUGCGGGAAUGUCAGCAACUCAACAGAGCGAGAGCAUGAAUGCCUACUUUGAUGGCUACAUCCAUUCUAAUACCACGUUGAAGGAAUUUUUGGAGAAAUAUGAGAACGCCUUGCGUAAGAAGGUGCAAAAAGAAGAAGAGGAAGACACCCGUUGUUUCAAUGUAAGAGUAAAGAAUGUGUCUCCUUAUGGUUUUGAAAAUCAAUUUCUAGAUGCUUACACAUUUGCAAAAUGUAAGGAUUUCCGAGAUGAAGUAGCUGGUAAGAUUGUAUGCAGUUUGAGUUCCGUAAAGGUAGUAGAUGAUCGUAUUUCGGAAUAUGAGAUUGAAGAAGACAUGAAAUAUGGUGAGAGGGAAAUUUUGAAAACUGUUACUUUUCAUGUUCGUUAUAAUGAGGAGUCAAAAGAAAGUAAUUGUACUUGCUGGUUGUUUGAGUCCAAGGGGAUUGUGUGCAAGCAUAUCGUCGUGGUUUGGUCAAGAAAGAAGUUAAAUGAAGUGCCAGAGAAGUACAUUUUGCGAAGAUGGAGCAAAAAUGUGCGGAGGAGUUACACAAGGGUGAAGGUUAGCUAUGCAAAUUGGGAAUGCAAGCCCGAAUGGCGUCGCUAUGAUUUUAUGUUAGAUGCUUUCCAUAAGGUUGCCGAUAAGGCCAUGGAUUCUGAGGCGAAGAGUGGAAGGGUGGUGGCCAAGUUGCUAGAAGCAGAGGUGGAGAACGAAGUUUGUGAGGGCAAUAGGCCUAUGUCCAUCGAUGUAUUAGAUGGAAUCAUAAGUUCCGAAUGGAUGGGACGAUCCGACUAAGUUCCCAGACUUUUUUCCCUCUCUUGUUGGCUUUUGGUUAGUCCUCAAAUCAGACUGGACAUUACAGUGUGAGGGCAUGAAUUAGUAACGCAUGAGUUUUAGUUCUAUCGAUAGCUAUAGGGCCACUGUUGUUGUAUGUAUGCUUGCUAAAUUCUCAUGAAUUUUGACCAACCAUUACUGGGGCAUGAGUAACAGUUUUGGAAUGCUUGUCAAUUGCCAGGGUCAUGCCGUAGUACUGCUUUGUUGUAGUCUAAAUAUGCUGGAAAUCUGUUCUGAAAUUUGAGGUCUGGAGGAUUGUUCAAGUUUGCCAUACCAUAUUUUUAUGGAAUGUCCUGAAUGUUUCCUCUUUUAUGCUUGA